CAAGCAGUCCAAGCGCCCGCCAACCGGCCGCUGCCGAACCCGCAACAGCAACCCGCCUCCUCCAGGCUGCUUCCACCGAGGCGAGGCGAGGCGAGGGCGAGGCACACCGCAGUACCGCACACGCCAGACACGCACGCACACGCCAGGGCGCGGCGCAACAAACACUCCUUCCCCUCGUAAGCGUCGUCUCCUAUUUGCACUUCGCGGUCUCCUCGGCUCGCCGCCUCCUCUGCUGGUGUGGGAUUCGGCGAGCGCGGGGCGUGGGCGCGUGGACUGGAGCGCAGCGGGGGGGAUCCAUGCGUCAUUGGGAUCGACGACUCCUCUUGGUCCUGCAGUCUACCUGAUUGAAUUGUGUCCUGACAGAAGAUCCCUGAGAGCUAGAGCUGUUUUUUUUCCCUACAUUAAGUUAAAUUAUCUGGCAGCCGAAGAUGUCCGCGAUCAUGCUAUGUACCUGCAGCCGGGACCAGUCCAAGUUUGAAGAUCUUCCUCGAUCACCAGAAUCUCUUGCAACACGUGACUUUUCAGCGAAUUGUUCUUCUUCAAAGAUGGCAAGUCGAGAAACAACUCCUGAUGAUAGCCAAGUAAAUGAAGUAGAAUCAGACCUAAAAGAAACCCUUUCACUAAAUUAUGAGGAGGCCCGAGCAUUGCUAGGUAGACUGGAACAUCAGAGAGGGAACUUUGAUGCAGCAUUGCAAGUUCUUCAGGGGAUUGAUAUAAGAAGCCUGAGACCGCGAAUGACCAGUGCUAUUGCUGAAAGUAUCAAGCCUAGAACGCCCCCACGCUCUUCAAGAAGGAAAUCUUCACAAGUGAAUGGAAUGCUCAUGCAUAUGUCAAUGCAUUCUGUAAGCUUGCUUCUAGAGGCCAUACUGCUUAAAGCAAAAUCUCUGGACACCCUUGGUAGAGUAGCAGAUGCUGCAGAAGAAUGCAGAACCAUCAUAGACAUUAUCGAGUCUGCAUGGCCAUACGGUGUUCCGGAUGGUACUGCUGAAGAGUGUAAGCUAAUAGACAUAUUCCAUUCGGCUCUAGAAUAUCUUCCUAAGCUGUGGAUGAGGAGUGGUUGUUUUGAUGAAGCCAUCAUCGCAUAUCGCAGAGCUCUUGCAAAGCCGUGGAAUCUAGAUUCUCAAAGGUCCGCCAAAAUGCAAAAAGAUUUGGCAGUGACUCUGCUGUAUUGUGGCGUUGAAGUGAAGUUCCCUCAAGAAUUUGCUCAGGAAAGGAAUCUGGUAACCCCUGGGAACAACUUAGAGGAAGCAAUUUUGUUGUUACUCAUGCUAACAAGAAAGCUAUCUCUCCGAGAAAUACAAUGGGAUCCUGACCUUGUGAAUCAUUUGAUGUAUGCACUCUCAUUAUCUGGGCACUAUGAAGUUUUGGCCAGCCAUCUUGAAAUGCUGUUGCCUGGAACCUAUACCAGAUCAGAGAGGUGGUAUAUCCUUGCACUUUGCUACGGUGCAGCUGGCAUGGAUGAUAGUGCGUUAAACAUCAUAAGGAAUGGUUUUUCUGUGCUGGAGAGAAAGGGAAAGCCUCAUGUUCCAUCUCUUCUUUUAGGAGCAAAACUAUGUUGUAAGAACCCAAAGCAUGCUUCUGAAGGGAUAAAGUUUGCAAAUAAAGCUAUGAAGUCUUUCGGAAGACGUGAUCUGCAUUUCAUCAGCACUGCAAAACACUUUCUCGGUGUUUGUUAUGGACCUUUUUCUAGGUCCUCCGCCUCACACUUGGAGAAAUCGAGAUUGGAAGAUAAUGCACUGAGGCUGCUGCAGGAUGCUGCUACAACAGCAAAGUAUAAUCCUGAAAUAAUGUAUAGCCUUGCUUGGGAAAAUGCAAUGCAGCGCAAACUCAAUGCAGCUGUUGAAAGUGCAACAGAAUGUCUUGAGAUGGUGAUGGGAGGUUCUGUUAGUGCCUGGAAGUUACUAAUUCUUGUACUAUCUGCACAACAGAAUUUGCAAGAAGCUGAAGCAGUAGCAGAUUUUGCAAUGGAUGAAGCUGAGAAAAAUGAUCAGUUGGAUAUUUUGAGGCUGAAAGCACAAAUUCAGGCUUCCCGUGGACAGUUCAAGUCUGCAGUGGAAUCUUUUCGGGUUUUGCUUGCCAGUAUCCAAGUAAAGAAGGACAUCUGGAAAUCGACCACUUGUAAUGAGGUUAAAUGCCUACAGAAGUUGGAGAUGGACUCAUGGUUAGAUUUGGCAUCAAUCUACUCAAAGCUUGAGGCAUGGCAUGACUCAAACAUCUGCCUUGACAAAGCUAUAUCCAUUAAUUUCUUUUAUCCCAAGUGUUGGCAUGUCAGAGGUCUUCUGUUGGAGGCUCAAUUCUUGCACAAGGAAGCCCUGAUGGCGUUCUCUUUCGCCCUCUCAAUUGACCCAGAUUACGUCCCCAGCAUGGUUUGCAUGGCAGGAAUUCUCCGAGAUAUUGGAGGGAAUUCGCUAUCAAUUGCAAGAACUUACUUGCGCAAUGCCCUCCGUUUAGAGCCUACAAACCACCGAGCUUGGUUGAGUCUUGGGCUUGUCCUGAAAGCUGAAGGAUCGCUGCAGGAGGCUGCGGACUGCUUCCAGGCAGCAUAUGAGCUCAGAGAAUUGUCACCAAUUCAGGACUUCUCUGAGCAACUCCCGAUCAUGCUGCAUUAGGAACUUAUAGCAAAGGAUGUUCACAGUUUUUUUAUGUGGAUUUUUUCCCAUAGUUAUCUCAGUUAUUUAUUUAUCGCUUGCAAAGGUAGGAAGCAUAUAUGAUUUUGUGAAUGUAAAUUAAUCCACUUAUGUUGGUGAGCAAAUUUUUCCGCUCUUGAAAACCGCAAAGUUAUAUAUGAUUCUCCAGCAGCAUAAAGCUGAACUUUCUUGCACAA